AUGUACCUAGUCACAAAUAUCAUUGCAGCCCUUUCCUUCCUUACUCCUCUCACACUCGCCGACACAUACCUUCCAUCAACCAUCACAGCAUCUCCCUCUUAUCCCGCCGAGCCAUCCUGCCUCACACUCACCUCCACCGAAGGCCCAUCCUGCACAGCCAUUAGCUCUUGCAUCCGCCUCCUCUGUCUUCGAAUCGUCACUGUGACCCAAUCUUGCGGCUGCGACACCAUCCCGACAGUCACGAGCUGCGAGACAGUUUGUCCAACCGGUUGCGCAACUACUUACAGCGUCGUGCACCCACCUUGUCCGACCUCCCCUUCCCCAAGCCCAUCAUACAGCGCAUCAACAACUGAGACUGAACCUCCGCCGACGUAUACACCCCCACCAAAACUAAUAUCAAGUAAAUACUACGGCAACAGUACUAUAACCAAAACAUCCACAACCAUCACUACACUCACUUCAUGCCCUUCUAAGGUCACUUGUCAGGGCCAGACAUCGACGUGGACGGGUACAGAAGGACCGUUCCCUUGUCCGACUGCUGGACCGAGUACAACCUGCUCGUGUGUACUGCCAGGGACUAGUGUCGUUACUGUGACAGGUGUGACGAGCGUUACGCUUAGUGCGAGCGAGAGUGCGACCGAGACACUUCCUGCUGAGGGAGGUGGUGGAGGUGGGAGUGCGACGACGAGUGCGGUUUUGGCGACGGGUGCGGCUGCGAGGGGAGCUGGAGGCAGUGGAGGGGUUGGUGGAUGGGUGGUUGGCUUGAUGGGGCUGUUGGUGGGGUUGUUGUGA